UCUCUUUGCGGUGGGUGUCCUCCCUGGUGGAGCUCCAGUUAUUUACAACAAUACCACCAGAAAGAAGAAGCCCCCGUCGGACGCUGCUGUCCAUCCCCCCGGGAGAGUCGCACCGUCGCCGGGCCAACAGCCUCCUCAUGGUUCGGCUCCAGUAUGUGACCUCUGCCGGCUCCACUUAGGACUUUUCUUUUGGAGCAUUUUGGAGAUAUUUCCUAUAAUGUGCGCGCCUGAUAUGCGUCCAACCUCCGUGUGCACUGCAGUGGUGCGCAGCUUUCGCCUGGAGAAACACCUGUGCGCCCCUCGGCUCCACCGGCCAUGAAUGCUGAGUAGGGAGCAGAUCACCCUAAGGCGCGGUGUCUGUCUGCAUUUGUCUGAGAGAGAGAGAGAGAGAGAGAGAGAGAGAGGCAACAAAUAACACUACGGCACAGCUCAGACAUCAUGCAAGGAGAAGCCUUCCCUCGGCGCAGAGUGCUGAAAUGUUAGCACCGAAGAGUGAGGAGUGUGUCAGAUCGAAUCAGCAGACUGUUUACAUUCGGGGCGGCGAUAAGAGCUCAUUAACGGCCCCUUUCAAUCACCAUCCAGGAACGACGUGUUAACCCCAUCAGCACUUUUUUUUCCCUCCGUCAGAUUCAGCAGUCCGGAGAUGGAGUGGUCACUGGAGAACGUGAGGGAGAUGGUGGCGGGGGGGAUGCAGUCUGUGAGGGAGUGCGAGAUCUGUGCUUUCGCCAUAGCCAUGUGUGUGCUGCUGCUCUUCAUGUGGUAUUGUUACAGGGUGGGCCGGGAGCACGGCACCAGCCCCCUGCGCGGGAGGUAUCUGGCUGGGCCCGGCCGCAUCGGAGGGGUGGUGGGGGGCUUCAUGAGUUCGGACUGCCGCGGGAGGGGGAAAGGGAAGCACGGGUCCAUGCUGGAAGAGCAGAACGGCUUCGCCUUCUGCCAGUCGGCCGAGUGCUUCCGUUGCACCAGCGCCGGGGAGAGUCUGAACCAGAGGCUCUACCACAGCCUGCAGGAUUACGCCAAGCGCUACACCUGGUCGGGUAUGGGUCGGGUGCACAAAGGGGUCCGCGAUCAAGGAAGAUACCUCAACAGUCGACCCACCAUCCAGCGGCCAGAGGUCUUCUUCCUCCCGGAUCUCCCGUCGGCGCCGUUCUUCUCCAGGGAAGUCCAGAGGCACGACGUGGAGCUGCUGGAGCAGAGCUUCCCCGCCCUCCUGGCCGAGUUUGAGAGCAUCUACCACCAGCCUCCGGCCCGCAGCGGCUCCUCCCUGCCACCGGGCUGGAAGGCCAACAGCACACCCCGUGGGCAGUGGUGGACCUACUACCUGGUCAACCAAGGCACCCCGCUGGUUCUGAAUGUCCGGAGAUGCCCACGGGCCUGGAGGGUGCUGGGCCAGCUGCGCACCUUCAUCGCCAACAACGUGUUCGGGAACGCCUGCUUCUCCGUGCUGACGCCCGGAGCUCUGAUCACCGAGCACUACGGGCCGACCAACGUGAGGCUGCGCUGCCACCUGGGUCUCAGAGUUCCCCCUUCCUGUGAGCUGGUGGUCGGUGGGGAGCCGCAGUGCUGGUCUGAGGGCAGCUGUCUGCUCUUUGAUGACUCCUUCCUCCACAGGGCCUUCCACGAGGGCGGCGCAGACGACGGCCCCCGGGUGGUCUUCAUGGUGGAUCUGUGGCACCCCAACGUGGCCGCCGCCGAGAGACAAGCCUUGGACUACAUUUUUACUCCGGGCCGCUUAGAGGACAAAGAAGGCAAAUAGGUGUGAGUGAGAAACCAUGUCCGACCCGGGGGGGGGGAGAGACGGCAGGUUUUAAAGGAAGUGUCCUUUUUUCUGCCUCCAGACCAGCUCGCACACUCACUGUGUACAUAUUCUCCGUCUCAUACCGUUCCUCAUAGCAGAUGAUCGAACAUUGGGCCUCUUUUAUCAGACGCAGACGCAGAUUUCUGCACAUUUAUUGUCCGUUAUUUCCUUUUAAGUUGAAAUAUAUGAGGUGAAUUAUGUGAAAAUUAGCAAGCGAGCUGAUAUUUCUUCAGUUUUUGCUCUAAUUUUAGAUCAAUUCUGGACUAAAUGAGAUUCUAGGGCGACUCAUAUUAGUUUUAUUUUGGUUUUACACUCACAGAUAUGAGAGCCUGUGUGGGUCCAACCUUUUCUGUCAGCUACACAUUAACUGGAGUCACUGACUGCGUUUACAUGCACACUUAUUUUUAUGCUUUUGGUGGUUCCCAACCUUUUUUCCACUGACUAUAUUUUAUGGAUGUUUCAUAUUAUGUUCAAUAAUAUCAAUAAUAGUUGAGAACAGCUGAUAAACUGCACAAUGAACAACAAACAGUGAACUCAAUAACUGCAAUAAGUUUGUGUAAAACCAGAGAUUUGGAUGAAUUUUGAGCAGAUUAUUGAUCAGAGAUGAGUUUUUUCUGAUCAUUUUAGGAACUUUAAACAAACAAACCAAGUUAUCCAACAGUUUGUAGAGAUUGAAGCACUAAAGAAAAGCUUUAUUUCUACAACACCUUUCGUACAAAAACAUCAAAAACAUAAAAGGGAGACAAAUAAUGUAAAAACCAAUGAUUAAAACCUGAAAACUAAGGCUGUUAACAUUAAUUAAAAGAGGCAUAGAAACAAAAAGGGACUCUCACCGGUUUAUUAUAAAAGACUUUAAUAUCAAUAGGUUAUGAGUGAACGUAACAACGUCGACCUUUUCAAGAAGGUGGUUGAACGGAUGAAAGAGGGAGGCAACGAGACUGCAGUUAAUCAGAGUACACACAGCUGCAUAGAAACAGGAAUGAUAAUUAUCAUUAGUAGUAAUAUUUAUAGUAGGAAUAUUGUCUUUUUUUUGGAAUAACCUGAAUAUUUUGUGCAUGUAAACGUCGUCACUGAGUUCUGAGCUACUGUAGAAACACUAAAGAUAAAGGCGUCUCAUUCUAAGGAAACAAAAACACAAAGGUCCAGGUGGUUAAAACACGAAUAAAAACAUACAUAUUUAAUAUCAAAUGACCUUUCUGACAAAAGAUCCUCCUCAGUGUUAAACACUGGAACUCUUUAGGGGAAACAUCCAUCUAUCAUCAUAUAUUUCACACUUUCUGUAAAACUUACAUACAUUUCCGCAAGGGCUAAGAAAUUCAACUCUUCAUAUUACUCAAAAUAUCCAGUUAGUUUUAUUAUAAAUUAUUCAACACAUUCUUAAAUCACAACUAAAGUGGAGCUAAAUCUAACGGAUCACUGCGUAACAGUGCUGGUUUAUUUUAGGCCACUGGUUCCCAACCUUUAUGGAGCCAUCGACAGAUACAAGAUGGACGCCUCCUCUUCCUCCUCUCCCUCCUCUACCUCCUCUUCCUCCUCUCCCUCCUCUUCCUCCUCUCCCUCCUCACUGUACACGAAUGAGGCCAGAAUAUCUCGGCUGUCAGUCAUGAUGCGAAACCUCCUUUUUAUAGCUUCAAAUAACUAAAUUAAAACCAAACUGAUGAUAAAAAUAACCUAAGAACAAAUAUCAGAGUGAAAACGACCUAAAAUGGCAGAAAUCAUCUUUAGGAAAAAAAAUAUUUGAUGUGUGUUUUAGUUUUUGUCCAACAUGGAGGCUUAAUGACGAUACUGCAGUCGGCCACUAGGGUGCGAUAGAGGUUUAACAUUAAUUAUGAGCAGAUUAUUUCCUGUGAAUAUUGAUCAGAAACUAGUUUUUAUGAUAUUUUUAGAAACUUUUUGUACAAUUAUGUAUUUAACAAAUUGAAACUUUGUUCUCUUUGUUUUAAUCUGAACUCUAAAAAUAACAGUUUCAGUUAGUUUUCUUCACAGAAAUUAACAAAAUGUUGAGAUUUAGGCCGACUGUAUAUUUUAAAUGUUUUCUUACACCCCUUAAAAUCAAGAAGGCCUCGUGACCCCUCAGGGAAGCUUUGGCGACCCCUAGUGGGGGCCCCCGACCCUCAGAUUGGAAACCUACAUACUGGCUCUAUCUGCUAAUUCAUGAUAAAUAACCAAAAGCAGGAUGCACAACUGGGUCUUUACAACUAAUCCGGCAGUGGUGAUGGAUAUCUAAACUAAAUGCUUUGCAGGAAGUGUCCGUAAAGUGUCACCGUGGUUCCCAACCUGUGGAUCGUCGCCCCAUUAGGGGUCGCCAAAGCUUCACAGGGGGGUCGUAAGGCCUUCUUGAUUUUAAGGGGUGUAAGAAAACUUAAUAAGAUAUACACAGUAGGCCGAUAUCUCAGCAUUAUGUUGAUUUCUGGGAAGAAAACUAAAUUAAACAGUUUAUUUUUAAAAGUUUAGAUUACACUGUAAAACCAGAUAAGUUAAUUUAACUCAAAAUGUAUUAAAAUUAUAAGUUAACUAAUUUCAAGUGACACUGACUUCAUUUUGACAUUUGUAAUUGUACUGUAAAGAAAAUACCCAGUAAAAAGUACUUAAUUAUGUUUUUUUUACGUACAAAAUGUAGUUUGUGUUAUUACAGUGUAUUAUUUAAUAUCUAAACUUUGACCUGAGCACAAGCUGUAUCAGAACAAUGACUGAAUUGUUUAUAAAAGAGGCCUAUUAAGUAUUUAUUGUUAAAAAUAAACAUAAUAAUGUAUAAAAAGCUCCUAAAACAUCAUAAAAACUCUCUAAUCUGCUCAAAAUUAAUCCAAAUCUCUGGUUUUUACACAAACUUCCUGCAGUUAUUGAGUUUAUAUCGGCCUGUAUUUGUUGAAUAUUGUAUAAAUAAAUGAUAUAAAAGGUCCUUUUAAGGAUGAAGGUUUGGGAACCGUCUCAUCAUCGCUGUGCAGGUUUUGUCCUCGUCGUCUCCUGAUAACUGAGGUCCAACGUCAGAUCGUGACGUGAAUGUUUACAGACGCAGCUAAAAAAAAAAAUCUUGUCAGUCAUGAUCUCCUGAUGCUGGUGUGGUUCGUUUAUUGUGCUCCCCCCUUUGAAAAUAAAUGAAUAAAUCAGCCCUGCUUUCACGAGACAUGGUUAGAAAAGCACAUUUUUAGGUCAGAUCGUGUGCUGUGACGCCUGGAGAUGAAGCGUUUUUGGUAAAUUUACUAAACUCUUGUUGUAUUUGAUAUCAGGUUUGUAUUUCUGUAAAUAGGGUCGAGGUUAAAAAAAAAAAAAAAAAAAAAACGAGCGGUCUGAGAUGUUUUGAAGCGAUUGUCCUUCGAUGCUAUAAACUAUUGUGUUGUCUUUAUUUACAGCUAAAGCGACUCCGCCCUCCGUUCUCCGAACUGUUCGACCACGAAGUCGUUUUGAUAGAUUGGAUUUGUAGAUUCUGUAAGAUGUUUAUGAAGUAAUCUCUGUUGUUCUGUGACGUGUUUCUUUUUCUGAACCACUCUGUAAUUUUUUGCAGUGCCAUAUGGUAUCCUUUAUUAUUAAAACCCACAAUCCUUAAUUAAUUAAUUAAUUACUCCCAACAGCACUUCAUGGACGUGUGUGUGCGCAGUCUAAAAGGUAGCGACAGUUAAUCUUCAGCCGCUUUACAAUUCAAGCAUCUGUUUCAAUUCCAAUGUUUACAAAAGUCUGAUUAUUUACGAGCUUGUUUACAACGCCGACACUCACAUUGAGCUGUCCAUGAUUAGGUCUCAAAUUCGCUUUAUAAACCAGUAUGCGGUGGGGGGGGGAGGGGUCCGGCCAUUUUGUUUACAUUUGAUCAAGGAUUUGUCCUUUAGCACAUUCUUGUGUGGAUUUUGAAACAGUAUUUCUGUACAUUUAAUAAAUGGUCGAGUAUCUUAUUUAA